AUGACGCUCCGAACAAAGCUAAGCUGUUUGUCGAGUUUAGCUGGUCGGGCUCAAUUUGAGGCCAGCCAACAAGCAACAGAGCUUGCCAGCACCUGGAAAUCCGUCACAGUAGCGCCAGCCAGUAAAGAUACCUACAAGUUCACCUCUAGCGAUGUCGCUAGGCAAACGGCUUUAUCCAGCACCUACGACACAGUCACAGCUCUUCUCAAUUUCCGAUUCGCAAAUGCGCUCACUUCCAGCGAAAUUCAGCAAUUGGACGCCAUACUCCAACAGCUAGACCGCGCCAUCAUGUUAAGCCCAGGUGCUGUCGUAGCCAGCUACUCAAUUGGAGGAUGGGGCUCAGACUGCCGAUCAUACUGCGCGGCGUAUCGCUAUCUUAAUGCUGACGCCCUGAGAAAUUUUAUCCAAGGCGACAACAAGGUCAGAGGGUUAUUGGAGAUUUUGCAGUCUCGCGCUUCUGGUGGUAUGCAACUUGAGUUUCUGCAAACGCGAGUCUAUAAGCAAGGCUGGCAAGGGUCUGUCACCAAGACAGAGCCUGAUAACCCGACUUUAUCGGGGUUCAUGGCCGAGGCGCAGGCCUUGUUUACGUUCUAA